UUCUCUGUCACCGCGGAGUGCGAACGUAGCCGCAUAAAGCCCACACCACUCGUCGCUCCCGAUUGAUUAUGACACGAUCGCCCCGCAGUGCUAACUGAACUGCGGUCGGGACACCGCUAAAAUUAUGACUUUUGGACUGUUCGCCGGCGACGAAGAUAGUAGCAGAUAUCUCGUUCUAGAAGAGAAAGCUUUUAGGAUAGUGUCCAGGUACUGGGAGGUCUCCGGAGUUUCGUCCGCCGAGAGGCUGCGGUUCGGGAACAAACAGAGGCUCCUCGUUGCCCCAUUUGGACUGUUAUAAAUAUUUUAUUAAGAAACUUAUGAAUUUUUUUUGGACUCAAACAAAUUAGUAUUUUAGUGUUUUUAAGUGCAAUAGGUGAACUGUGUUUUUUUGUGUUAAGUUUUAUUUGGGGUUUAUUUUUUUGGAUAAACAAAAAUGGUGCCCCAACAAGUGUCGGAUGUGAGGUCCCUGUCGCCGACGUCGAGUGGAGUGCCCGUGUUCGGCUCCCAGCUCGUCGACAAAAACUCAUCAACUCCUUACACGGAUGCCACUCAGACAAAGAAGAACAACCCAAACCACAUAAAGAGGCCGAUGAACGCGUUCAUGGUCUGGUCGCAGAUAGAGCGCAGGAAAAUAUGUGAGCAGACUCCAGACAUGCACAAUGCGGAAAUAUCCAAAAACCUCGGCCGCGUGUGGAAGACGCUCAACGACGAGGAACGCCAACCCUUCAUCGACGAGGCGGAGAGGUUAAGGCAGCUACAUAUGAGGGAAUACCCUGACUACAAGUACAGGCCGCGCAAGAAAACCGCCAAAUCAGACAGGUCUGGCCCAAAGACCGGAGGCGUAUCGAAACCAAAACGCAAGCAGCGCGCGGACUCCAACAACAACAGGGGCGUCGCCAGGCGAAGGAGACCAGUUCCAUCGGUGCCAAGUGUACCGAUGGAGACUCCCGCACCUCCGCCACUACCGGCGAGUCCGGCUGGCUCACCCGACUCCCCGGAAUCAGCCUGCUUCUACGAAGACCAUAGUCGUCGCGAGCCGGCGGACCUAACAGAUCUCUACUCCAUCACGGACCUGCUGCCGCUCCCAGCGGACUGCGAGGUAGACCUGGAGGCCCUCACGACGGACAUAGACUCGUUCGAGACGGCGUCGUCAUCGUCGGGGUCGCACUUCGAGUUCUCGUGCACGCCCGACGUGUCGGACAUGCUGAGCGAGAUCGGCGUGGCGGGCGACUGGGUCGACCACACGUUCUCGUCGUAUCUGACGUCGUCUUAGAGCGGUGUUCGGGUCGCCACGGCCGCUGCCGGCCGGUUCCACUGAUCUCAUGCGGUCGGCCAACGGGCCGCCCCACGGAGGCCGACGACGCGGCGACCGCUCGCCGCUCCGCCUAGAGAGUGCCUAUCCAAAAUGACGUGUCGACAUUUGGAUUUAAUGUACAAAGUUAUUUAAUAAGGAUCGAGGGUGAAAAUUGUUUUGACAACCGACCUCACGGUCGCGUUCCUCUUCGGUUCGUACGGUUACUUUUUAAAUCGUUUAGUUUUAAAGUUUCAUUUUCGAUAACGGCGACGCUUCGUCUAGGAAGCGGCAUCGGGUUUUAUAAACGUAGGCUGUGAGUUGGUUCUUGUUUUGUCGUUUUGCUUUCGUUAUUAAAUUAAUGGUUUCGACACAUAAUGGAGGUAAUUUCCAAACGACACGUCUCAGACGCAUCUCAGUAAAUAAUCCGUCUGCUCUCCGUCGCCUGGUUAGUUAGCCAUGGGCCAGUCAGGUCGCCCCACGCUCGCAUCGCGUUGUCGCGCCGUAUUCUUUGUACGUGUUCAUUACACGACUUGGCUUCUAGUGCAUUCGAAAAUCGUGAGUUUGCAUUCUACGUCACACCUUCUUUUUAUUUUAUUAACAUUUGUACUUUUAAGGGUCGUCUUUUUAUUUUUGAAACGUCUUAGAUUGAAAUAUAUGUAUCAUUCUUCGAGUAAUAGAAAAAUAAGACUAGUUAUAGUCGUUUGUCUUGCGUUCGUAUAUACUGUACGUAAGUUCACUUUAUACUUUGAUGCACACGUAGAUGAUAGUUAAACAUUAUUAUUUUACUAUUGGAAGCUGAUCGGUAUGUCAUUGGAAGAAUUUCGGUGUGCGGGAGUUCGUGUUUGUCUCGGUUGGAUGCGGUGGGCCCCUACCACCGGCUCGUCACCGGAGCGAGCGGCGCGUACUCGUACUCUGUCUGCUGUAUGUAUACCAAGUCUCUUCCGCUGCGCGUCCCUCGCUCCCGCCGCGCCCCUCCCAGGGUGAAAUGGUAGGGGACCACUGUUUGAUUUAUAUUAAAUGUUUCGAGUCGGUCUUGUAAGUUAAGAUUCGUAGAGUAAGGUUAAUAUUUGUUCAAUGGUAAGGUAUGAAAUUAUAUUGUAAAGCAUGAUGGCACCUAUGGAUCGAUGUGAAGGGACAGUUUCAAUUCUCGUUUCGUUACUCUUCUCGCUACAUUGACAACUCAGUAAUGUCUAUAGAAGAUACAUAUCAAUAAUUGGAAUGCGUUGUACCGCGGGACGGUGGGUUAUAAACAAAAAAUAUAUUGGAUGGGUCAACAAAUUGUUAGUUUUCAACACAAAAUGUUUUGCUAAUUCAAACUCUGUGAUUUACUUUAUGGAUUUUCUAAAUUAUAAGGUUCUAGUGGAGACUGAUAUCGCAUAGAUUAGUUUUAGCAGCGCUAGCUUCUCUAACUCUUUUAUUUUUUUUGUUAAUUUUUAAUACUGGGCAUAACAUUUUAUAUUGUGAAAAAAAUACGUACAUAUUUUUGAUAUUUUGCGUUGCUGUGGAAUAUGGACUUCGGACAUUUUACAAAUUCAUCAAUACUUUAAAUAGAUAGCAACAAUGUUCCCAGAUUAGAUAGCCAAAAAUAACGAUCAAAUCAUUAAAUUUUAGAUAAAGAAAUUAAAAACCAUUUUUGAUUCCGAGUUCCACAGCAGAGCAUAAGCUAAACAAAUUGUAUUUAAAGAAAAAAAAAAAGAAAAAUUUUUGCUAAAAAUCUGUCAAUUCAUUGAAAAUCGUGUCAGUUAAGAGGUAAUAUUUAAAGGAAUGUUGCCUCAUACAUUAUUAAGAUAGAUAACCCUUCUACAUAAUAUACCUGUUUUCAAAUUGUAAUAAUAUUUGUAGAUACUUCUGUGUCCCAAGAAAUAUAAGGGAUCCGUUGUGCUCUAAUAGGUAAGAAAGAAAAUGCUUUACCUAUAUUAUAUUCUUUAUAUAAUAUAUUAUAUAUGUAAAAAAGUUCAUGUAUUAAUUAGUAAGUGUCUAUGAAAACCCAUAUAAAUAAGGAAAAAUGCAUAAAAAGCGUUAUCUAUAUCUGUCUUGUGUGUCGUAGGGCGAUAAUAUAAGAAAGGACGAAAAAAAUAAAUUUGUGCCUAAUAAAAAAAAACUUGAAAAUUCUUGUAAUACUUAUUUUAGUGAUGCUCAAACAAGUAUUUUAAGCGCGUAGUGUUUAGACGCUGUUAAUGGACAAAACUUGUAUAAAAGAUAUUGUAAGAUUAUAUUAUUCGAUGCCAGGUUUGCAUUUUGUUUUAUCAUUCUGCUUCGUUCGUUUGUGAUCUAAUGGAAUUCCUUAUUUUAUCUGCAAUUACCCGUAAACGGUUUUUUGUGUAAAUUCUCCUGAUAAUUUGGAUUAUUCCCUUUUCCAGAAGAUUUGAGUUUUUUCUUGAUUCGGUUUUGUUCUGGGGCAUUUUUAUAGUCAUUUUUAUUUUCUUCUUAAUCAUUCUAAUGUGGUCUUCGAAAUAGAAAUCAUUUUCAAUAUCAUUUCUUAAGUAUUGUAAAAUUAUUUUGGUAGAAUGCAUUCAGAAAAGUAGAUAUACUCAGAUUACUCAGUCAUUUUUUAAGUUAACGCUUUUGGCAUUUCGCUGGCUUUAGUUAAAACGGUAUGAUGUCAAAAAAGUCUCAACAAGUAAAAUAUUGCUGUGGAUGAGGAAUUUCAUUAGUUAUGUUUUGACUGUAUACCAGUCCCUCCGUAUUUUCAACUUUGACAAUAAAGUGUCAUCUUUUUUUUGCUUUAUCUUUGCGGGUUUCUGCGGACCUUCCUUUAACGUUUGUUUCAAAGUCGCUAUAUUUUCUGCCAUCUUUUUUGCAACUUUCCAUAUAUAAUGGGGUUCAUAAUCAAUAAAUCAACGAUUAAAAGCAAUAUAUGUGUCUACAGUAAGUGACAUUACGCUCAAAUUAGAAUAAUUCUCUUCUACUAAUAAAAAUUGUAAGUUCUGUCGUAUCCAACAAUAGGCCUAGUGUAAGACAUUCAGCUACCGUGUUAAAUUGUAAUAUUCAGUAUAAUAUUGAACUGUUUCCGAUACAAAUCGUUCUGCUUCGAAUAAAAAUUAAUUUACGCCUUUCAUGCUUGCGUUCAAUACAAAUAAAACAACAUUUAAUUUUGAUUCGAUACGGACCGAUUGACAACACAAUGUUAACGUUAUUUUAAUAAUGUUAAUUUGCAAAGCCGCUGUACAAAUCCUGUAAAUAUGAUUUUUAUUAGUGGGGAGCUGUCAAAACCCCAAGAGUAUUUAAUAAAGCAACAUCGAAUUUAAAAUGUUGUAAAUUAGCGCUUCUCUUCAAUAAUUAUUGGAAUUAUCAGGGUUUAAUAGUUUUCAUUUAUGUAUUUUAGAUGUAUAAAUGUCCCUAAGAUUAUCAUUGCCUUCCUUGGACAAUGUUCUUCGAAAUUCGUUGCAUAAGGCUUUCUCUUCGUAGCCUUAAAAUUCUUUUAAUGAAUACCAUGGAAGUAUAUUUUAAUCUCAGGUAUGUAAGUAAGUAUUGAAAAAAAAAAAAUGUUUAUAAUAAUGAAGUCAAAAUAAAGCGACACUGUGACAAAAAAUUAGAGGGUAUAUUAAAACGUCUUAAGUAAAAAUAUCAUAAAGGACGUAGUUGUUGUAGGUUAUAUAAUUAUGUAAUUAUAUACUUAUUAUAUAUUACGUACGUGCGUAUACUACGGUCAAAUUAUAAUAUUUUACGAACCGAUUGGGUGUUGUGUAGAAAUGACUAGUAUAUUUCGCGUGUUGGCCGGUUACUUCGAGAAAUAAGCGAGUGGUUUGACCGUGGUAUAAGUAAGAAGUAUUGUUGUGUAUCAAUUUAUCGAGAUCGCAUUAAGUAAAGCUUACAAUCUCGCUUGAACCGACUAGAUGUAUAUUUCGUGGCGACAAAUUGCGAUGAAGUAUUUUACUUGUAUAAUAAGAAUUGGUUAUAAUAACUUUAAAUGCGAUUAAAAUGUUAGUGAAAUCAUUCACAGAACUGAAAAGUUGAUAUUCUCGUUACGUUGUUUAAAAAAAUAAUUGAUCGUAAUUAUAUCUCUGUAUCAUAUGUAUCUACGCUAUUGUUGAUUUAUUAUAAGCAUAUUCUAUCUUAGUACCUCUCUUUCGGUUUCGAAACAAAUGGGGAAGUUUCAGGUUUUAAAUUAGGACUCUCACUAGACCAAAGGCCUGGCUUUUGCAUAACCUUGUACAUUCAGACGUAUUUUAUAACAAGAACUGGACGUUAAUCUUCUAAGAUAUUGCGUCCACAUUUGAAACUAUAGAAAGCGACCAAGAGCACAGCCAUGUUGUGUGUUUGGUCGCGAGUGCAAACGCUGGUCGCGAUCUAGAGCCGUUUGUCCCUAAACCUAUUUGCUUCGAAAUAUUUCAAGACACAACGAAUCUUCUGUUCCCUUCUCGUAUCCUCACGCACUUCAUUAAUAUUAAAUAGAAAAUAAUUGGUGUCUGUAACUCAAUAUAAACGAUAAUGUAUCACCAGACAGUAGCUCGCAUAUAUUCGUUGUUAUAGUAGAGUGUGUCAUAAUUAUUGGUAUCUAUAAUAACUAUUAAUAAUUAAACAAGAAUAAUAAUAAAAAAUAACGAAAAUUUUCGCACAAGAUGAAUCAAGGAACUAACAUAAGAUAAAGUUGAUAGUUUUAAAGCAUAUUGAAUAAGAAAAUGUUACUGUAAGAUGCGACCUUUGUGUUAACGACUUGUGUCCAGGGGGAUGCACUGCUCUGUGUAAUUACUGUCCAACAAUCGCUAGAAGCUGCGCCUGCGAUUCACUCUGUCCUUAAUUGUUGAAUUGAACGUUUCAAGUUGAUUUACUGUAUAUAAUUACUUUGAACAAAUUAGGAACAAAAAAAUGGUCCAUUAAAUUUUAACAAAUAAUAUUAAGGUAGAUGCAUGUAUACAUUCGAAAUAUGUGCUUUGGUGUACAAUGCCAAACUUAAUACGAUGCUAGAAAGCAUGGCUUUAACAAAUAUCGCUAAGGAUCGGACUGAUGUUUCAUUUUCCAGCUUUUGCCAUUGGACUUGUAAAUAUUUUUGGCCACGUCGGAAGCUGCAUCCUAGAUCCGAUACAUUCUAGUCUGAUAAGACGAACCUUCAUCAUUAACGGCCCUGAUACCUGAUUAUUAGUUUGUGUUAUUCAAUUUAUACCAAAAAGAUACGAAGCUCUUUCAACACUGUUACCGAUGGAUCUCUUUUACGUAGCGAUAAAACAUUCGGCUUACCAAAAAUUGGAAACUGUUGUUUUCAACUUUUUUCUGUAACAUUGGUUUUAAAGAUUGUACAUAUUAGAUCAGUUUGGUUUAUCUUUAAGUAAUUCGCCCUCCACGGGCACAUUUAUUCAUCUUUGUCCAAUAAUUUAGGAGUUCUAUUAUGUUUAAGUUUUCAUGCAAGACAUAUUUUAAACAUCGUUUUCCCCUCGUCCGUUGUAUAAAUUAUUGUCACUGUAUCUUUAGGUAUAUACAUAAAAUGUAUGAGUAGUCUUUUAAAAUGAUAGGUACGAUUAAAUAAUAAUGUAGUUAUUGAUUAAUACAUAAGACAAACUGUGUAAAUUUUGUAUUUGUAAUUUGUUUCAAUGAACAUAUAAUUAUUAUAUAUCGUAAAGUAAAACAUCCAGUUUUUAAAAAAUAA